CUAUGGAUGAUGUUCUUGAUUUAGAUUAUGAGCCAUUUGAUGAUUCAGAUUUUGAUGAUUUUGAGAAAUUCUCAGUAACUAAUUGUAACGGAGACAGGGUAGACUGGUCCCAGUUUGGUAUCCAGCUUUGUGCCGGUACAUUAUCCAUUCCUUCUCCACCUAUCAUGCUGUCCAAUGUGGACCGCGUGUCGGUUUUUGUGAUGUUGCAUCUUUUCAAUUUUUCUGGGGUGGAGAAAAUGUUUUCCAAUCUCCACCUCUGUGAGUACUGA